AUGACCACAGAAACUAUUUCCACAGAUUCUUCUCCUGCUUCUCCACCUACAAUUUCGAACCCAUUUUUCAAUUUCAUCGAUGUCACCAAUCCUUAUCGUCUUGACCAUGGUGAUAAUCCAUCGAUUUCUCUUGUUCCUGAACUUCUUACAGUUGACAACUUUACCACUUGGUCUAGGGUAGUUUGUAGAGCCCUUAGAGCCAAGAACAAUUUAGGCUUCAUCAGUGGUGCUGUCACCAAGCCAACCAGUCCAGAUGAUCCUUUGUUUGAGGCCUGGGAGCGUUGCAAUGAUCUUCUGACCUCCUGGGUGCAGAACUCCAUCUCUCCAUCUAUCAAGUCUAGCAUAGCUCUUAUGGAUGAUGCUGCUGUGCUCUGGGAUGAGCUGAAAGAGCGAUUUACUCAGCAAAAUGGCCCACGGAUCUUCCAACUCAAGAAGGCUCUUGCUGGCCUGCAACAGGAGCAAGAUUCAGUAAGUGUUUACUAUGGAAAGCUGAAGUCAAUUUGGGAUGAGCUCAAUGUGUUCGAUCCUUUGCCUGACUGCACCUGUGAAAAAUUAACUGCUCUCACUAACAGAUACCAAAGGGAUUGUGUAAUACAGUUCUUAAUGUGUUUGAACGAUUCAUACGCGAACUCACGGGACCAGAUUUUGCUUCUUGAUCCCUUACCCUCAAUUGGGAAAGUUUUGUCCAUGAUACAGCAACAAGAAAUGCAGCACCUGAUGCUUAGCAACCUGCAAUCACCUGACAUGAUGGCCUUGGCUAGUAGGAAGUCUUAUUCUAUUCCUAAACCAAACAUCAAGCCUAGCCAACCCUUUAAGCGUGAUCGUCCUUAA